AUGACUACCGAGGAAUUCUCUCCUGCUGGCACUCGCCAGCCAGCAUCCUCCCGCAUUUUCAUCAGAAACCUUCCUCCCACCAACUUCACAACUGCCCUUCUGAAAUCCCACUUUCAGACCCUCUCCUCCACCACAAUCACAGACUGUCGCUAUCUCCCUGAGCGCAGAAUAGCCUUUAUUGGCUAUAAGACUCCUGAACAAGCUAAUGCCGCUGUCAAGUACUUUGACCGGUCUUACAUCAAAACGUCAAGGCUUUCCGUCGAACUAGCCAAGUCUACGAAGGAUGACAGUCUUUCUCGCCCGUGGAGUGCGAAUACUCCGGGCUCUUCCGCUUACGCGAAGAAGCAUAGUUUAGACGAACCUACCGCCAAGGCUAGAAAUCUCAAACGGAAACGUGAUGAGAUUGUUGAGGCCAAGAAGCCUGAAGACACCAAGGGAAAUUCCCUUGAUGAGAAUGACCCGAAGUAUAAGGAGUACAUGCAACUGAUGAAAGGUCGAGCGAAUACCAAGAUCUGGGAAAACGAGACUGCCAUCAUCAAUGAAGAACAGCCCAUAAUCGCCCAACCUCCUGAGGAUGAGAGCGAAGAAGAGUAUGAGGAUCUCUCUGGGUUAAGGUUUGAAAAGAAGAAGUCUAAAAAGGACACUUCAGACGCCUUACCUAUCCCUGCUCCUAAAGAAUCAAUACCAGAGUCUACGGAACCUGCCGUCGAAGCGGACCUUGAGGUAGACCCAGAGAUCCUCCCAGAUGUAGCCGCCCAAACUGGUCUGUCCGAUGCAGAUUGGUUAAAAGCCAUGACCAGCAACAAACUGGAAACAGUCGAGCCCCCGACGAAUGAGGAAGCCAUUAAAAAAGGCUCCUUAGACGAAUGGGGCGGUAUAGACAAUGACGCAGAAAUGGAAGAUGCUCCCGAACUCGAAGGGGUUGAAACGGAGGCUCCAAAAUCUGAAUUUGAUCUAGCUGUUGAAAAAAUUGAAGAAACAGGUCGCCUCUUCGCCCGGAACCUGUCAUAUUCAAUCACUGAAUCCGAACUCGAAGAACUGUUCAGUCCAUUUGGAGAACUUGAGGAGGUUCAUCUCCCCAUGGAUUCAAAAUCACACACUCCAAAAGGGUUUGCUUACGUCCAGUUCGCCUCCCCGUCUUCUGCCAUUUCUGCCUUCAAAGCAUUAGACACUUCGAUCUUCCAAGGUCGUUCCCUCCACAUCCUCCCUGGAACCGCCAAACGCACUACGCAGCUAGAUUCCUUCACCCUCUCCAAGUUGCCUCUCAAAAAGCAGCGAGAAAUCCUGAAAAAGCGGAAUGCCUCAAAGUCAGACUUCGAAUGGAACUCCCUUUACAUGAACAUCAAUGCCGUAAUGUCAUCAAUGGCAGACCGUCUCGGUGUUUCCAAAGCAGAUAUUCUAGAUCCCACAUCUUCAGACGCGGCCGUGAAACAAGCACACGCGGAAACAAGAGUGAUACAAGAAACAAAACAAUAUUUUGAAAAGCACGGUAUAAACCUCGCUGCUUUCGCAAAGAAGAAGCGUGGGGAUAAAGUUAUAUUGAUCAAAAAUUUUGGUUACGGAACGACCGUUGAUGAACUUCGUGCUUUAUGCAAUGAGUUUGGUGAAACGAAAAGGGUUUUGAUGCCCCCGACGGGUACUAUCGCCAUCGUUGAAUUUUCAGACGAACCGAGUGGUCGAGCAGCCUUUACCCGUCUUUAUGGCAGAAAGCUCAAAGAUUCUAUGCUUAAAGUCGAAAAGGCGCCUGAAGAUCUCUUUACCACACCCGUAGACCCAACGAAACAGACAGAAGUCACACCCACAACCGGUAAUAUAGCCAAACCUUCAAUUAAGGAUAUAAUAUCCACAGAUGAUGCUGAAGCCAUACCCGGUGAAACAUUUUCCCUAUUUGUAAAGAAUUUGAGUUUCGCAACUCCACAAGAGAAGCUUAAAGAUUUAUUCUCGCCACUAGAAGGCUUUUUGGCGGCGAGGAUCAAGAUGAAACCAGAUCCUAAGAAUGUAGGGAAGUAUCUGAGUAUGGGCUACGGGUUUGUGGAGUUCAAAUCCAAGGUAUUCGCGGACGCUGCAGCAGCGACGACGAAUGGCUACUUUUUGGAUGGGCAUAAGCUUGAAGUCAGAGGGUCACAUAAAGGAGACGAUGCCGCUGCAGAACGCAAAAAGGCAGAUCUUAGAAAAAAUGCAGCUAGUACCAAGAUUAUCAUCAAGAAUCUUGCCUUCGAGGUUUCUGAGAAGCAGAUUAGAAGCUUAUUCGGCCAGUACGGAAAACUUAGGAGCGUUAGGGUCCCUAAGAAGUUUAAUAGGACUUCUAGGGGUUUUGGGUUUGCACAGUUCGUGAGUGUACGGGAAGCCGAGAAUGCUAUGGAGGCAUUAAGGCAUACACAUUUACACGGCCGUCCAUUAGUGUUAGAGUGGGCUAAGGAGGAGGCAAAGGACGCAGAAGAAGAAAUUCAAAGACUCACUAAGAAAGUAGGCAGACAAGUUGAGAGCGUUAAGUUUGCGAAGUUGAGUGGAGCAGCUGGGAGGAAGAAGUUCGAUAUCGAGGAGAUGGCUAGGGAGCAAGCUGGCGCUCAAAGAAGAAGUGGUGGCGACGAUGACAAUGAUGCAGAAGAAUAG